UGUGCGGAGCGCGCUUCCUGUGCGCAGCAGCAGCAAGCACCUGGAGCCGCCGGCAGCUGUGACACUGUUUGGAGAGGCUCGGGACGGAGGGCACCAUGCACACGGAUGUCGUGCUAAUCAACCUGCUGCUGCUGCUGUGGAUGCUUGGUGUGUCCGGGCUGACGCGUCCGAGGGGACCGACACCGCAGCCACACAGACACUGCAAAUCGAAAAGAGAAGUGUCCCUAAUGCAAGGAUGGGGUCGCAAGACUGGCAGCUCCAUAUUCAAGAGGAGUCCAGAUAUGACUAAAGCCGUGGAAAAAAAGUCUGAGCAGCUGCUGAGGAUAGACGACCACGACUUUACGAUGCGACCAGGAUUUGGAGGCCCUGCAGUCCCAGUUGGAGUGGACGUGCAGGUUGAAAGCCUGGACGCAAUUUCGGAGGUUGAUAUGGACUUCACAAUGACCCUGUACCUCAGACACUACUGGAAAGAUGAACGCCUGUCCUUCAGGAGCAAUAAAAACCAGAGCAUGACUUUUGAUGGGCGACUAGUGAAGAAAAUCUGGGUGCCAGACAUGUUUUUUGUCCACUCAAAGAAGUCCUUCACACACGACACCACCACUGAAAAUGUGAUGCUGCGAGUUUACCCCGAUGGCAAAGUCCUGUACAGCCUCAGAGUGACGGUCACAUCCAUGUGCAGCAUGGACCUGAGCCGCUUUCCUCUUGACACACAAACAUGCUCUUUGGAGAUAGAGAGCUAUGCGUAUACAGAUGAUGACCUGAUGCUGUACUGGAAAGAAGGUAACCGCUCAUUGAACACAGACGAGAGAAUUUCUCUCUCACAGUUCCUCAUCCAGGAGUUCCACACCACCUCCAGGCUGGCCUUCUACAGCAGCACAGGCUGGUACAACCGUCUCUACAUCAACUUCACCCUGCGGCGGCACAUCUUCUUUUUCCUGCUGCAGACCUACUUCCCCGCCACUCUGAUGGUCAUGCUGUCCUGGGUGUCCUUCUGGAUCGACCGCAGGGCCGUCCCUGCCAGAGUGCCACUGGGUAUAACCACAGUGCUCACCAUGUCCACCAUCAUCACUGGAGUCAACGCCUCCAUGCCCAGGGUCUCCUACAUCAAAGCUGUGGACAUUUACCUCUGGGUCAGCUUUGUCUUUGUCUUCCUGUCUGUGAUAGAGUAUGCUGCAGUUAACUACCUGUCCACUCUGGAAGAGCGUAAGGAGAGGAAACUCCGAGAGAGGCUGCUGUGUACGUGUGGGAUGAACCACCCUGGCAUGAUGUCUGUGGGCUACAGUGAGAUUGACGUCAACAAUACAGGAAACUAUGGCAUGCCGGAACAGAACGGGGUGAAACGGGAGAGGAUGCUUGUGGAGCUGGCGAUGGGGACCGACCAGGUCACCGGCCAUGUGGCCUCCGCUGGCUACAGCAACGCAUGGAUCGACACACACAUCAUCGACAAGUACUCCCGGGUCCUUUUUCCUGGAUCCUACAUCCUCUUCAACAUUAUCUACUGGUCCAUCUACUCCUAGCACAGAGGGAACUCAAACAGACCUACCUCUACUGGAGUAAAGACACAUACACUGUACGCGCACAUCCAGGCAUUUGACAGAAAAACCAGACGUAGCCCCAAGAUAGACGUGAUGCAGUCUAACAGGACCAAGUAGAGCUGAACCUUUAGUCAGCUGAUCAAGACAACAACAAUAAUCCAAUGUGGCUUCAUUACGGUGCAGAGUGUGUCCCGUGAAGACCAGGGACCAGCCAUGCUUGGGGAACUUGAAUUGAACCGUUUUCCAAACAGGUUCAGGGAUUGUUAAACUCUUCCUAAAGGGCUUGAAACAACAGCAGUGCAUCUGUAAUAUGUGGAAACAACUCUUUUGUCUGGCCUCAUCCAUUUGGCAGUUUUACUCUAGUUGCUCUUUAUCUUUGUAGAUACCAUUCAUGCUCAUUUUAUACCUACUUCCACUCAUAAUGUGUUUGCUACUGUUGUUUGUGGUAUAAAUGCAAAGCUAUUAAAGCAGAGGAUUGUGUGAUCGUGUUUUUGGUUAUUUAUUCGGAUUUAUCAGGUGACUGUUGGGCCUUGGCGGAGGUGCACACUCCACUGAAUGUCUUUACGAAUUUAUCAUGAUUUAAUGUACAUCCCAUCAGUGUAUUUUGUGGGUUAACACUGCCGCCUCAGAGCAAGAAAGUUACCGGUUUGAAUCCCAGUUCAGCGAUGGUCUUACCUUGACCUUCAAAAAGGAUAAGCAGUAUAGAUAAAAGAUGGAUGGGUGGAUGUCGCAAAUCACUGAAUAUUGAGAAAGAGAGUUAGUCAGGAGUAAAUUCCCUAGUUCAUGUGAAAUAGUGCAGUGUGCAGACUCAAAUAGCUGCUUGAUGUUGUGCAAAGUGGAGGCAGAAAGAAGAUUUAAUUGAAACGAUGACAAAUUGAAAAUUUGACAUGAAAUCUUGUACUGAAGAGCUUCCUGGUUUCACAUUCAUGAAUGUGAAUAUGA